GCCCGGGCAUGCCGCCGCGUCCCCACCCUUUCCGGCCUGGCUACCCGGCCUUGCUCGCUCCUCCCGGUGAAUGCUGCGCCUUUCCGAGCGCAACAUGAAGCUUCUCUUCGCCGCCGCCCUCAUCGUGGGCUCAGUCUUCUUCCUGCUGCUGCCGGGACCCUCUGCGGCCGACGAGAAGAAGAAGGGGCCUAAAGUCACCGUCAAGGUGUAUUUUGACCUACGAAUUGGAGAUGAAGAUGUGGGCCGGGUGGUCUUUGGUCUUUUUGGAAAGACUGUUCCAAAAACAGUGGAUAAUUUUGUAGCCUUAGCUACAGGAGAGAAAGGAUUUGGCUACAAAAACAGCAAAUUCCAUCGUGUGAUCAAAGAUUUCAUGAUCCAGGGCGGAGACUUCACCAGAGGAGAUGGCACAGGAGGCAAGAGCAUCUAUGGCGAGCGCUUCCCCGAUGAGAACUUUAAGCUGAAGCACUACGGCCCCGGCUGGGUGAGCAUGGCCAACGCCGGCAAAGACACCAACGGUUCCCAGUUCUUCAUCACUACAGUCAAGACAGCCUGGCUAGAUGGCAAGCAUGUGGUGUUCGGCAAAGUUCUAGAGGGCAUGGAGGUGGUGCGGAAGGUGGAGAGCACCAAGACAGACAGCCGGGACAAGCCCCUGAAGGACGUGAUCAUCGCAGACUGUGGCAAGAUCGAGGUGGAGAAGCCUUUUGCCAUCGCCAAGGAGUAGGGCACUAGGGACCUUUGCCCUCCGUGUGACCAUCUGUGCCAGCCCCACUGCCCUCAUGAGGGUGAAGGUAGCCCGGCCCCAGGCUCUGUGCUGCACUGGCCUGGUGCUGGAACCUGACGGAGCGGACUUGCCUCACAUUCCGCAGGCCCAAUUUUGUAGCAAUCUACUGGUAUCAUUGCUGACCAAUAAAAAAAAGUGGGUUUUUUUUUAAUAA